AUGAAGGCAAAAAAGGAAAAGAAAUUUCGACCUUCCUUUAAACUGAAACAAAAAGGAAUUGAAGUACUAGGAAAAUGGAAAAGUGUGGAAAUUGAUCCCAAUCUGUUUGCUGAUGAGCAGUUUAAAGACAUAGUGUGCUUGGAGGAACUCACGGACUAUAAAUUGGUGAGUUCCUCCAAAGUAGGGAAAAUAAAAGGGAAGAAGAGAAAGGCUGAUAAUGUUUCUGAAGAAGGGAACGAGGAAGAAGAGCCUGUCAUCUCUCCCAAAAAGAGAAAGAAAAAGAAAGCUUUGAGUACCAGAGCGGUUACAAGCACAAGCGGAGAUUCUAAAGGAGCAGAAGUGGAUGUGCCAGCUGAUGAAGAGGAUGCGUGUGAAGAAGUGGUGAAAGAGGAAAACCGUGAGGACCAUGGACAUGUGGCUGAGAAUAUAUCAAGCACAAAAAAUGCUCUAAAGAAGAAGAAAAACAAGAGAGUUAAACAGAAGGCUCCUCAAACUCAGGAAUCUCUUUCAUCAGUAGCUACUUCUAAAAAAGUUAAAAAUUGGACAACAAAAGUGUUGUCUGCCUCAGCUGAUCACAAAGCUGAUGUGUCUGCCUGGAAGGACCUGUUUGUGCCUGCACCAGUGCUGCAGGCCUUGAGUUACCUGGGGUUCAGUGCUCCAACUCCUAUCCAAGCACUAGCCUUGCCUUCCGCCAUCCGGGAUAAUAUGGAUGUUCUUGGCGCUGCAGAAACAGGAAGUGGCAAAACACUUGCAUUUGCAAUUCCUAUGAUUCACUCUGUGCUGGAAUGGCAAAAAUCAAACAACUUCAUGAGGAAGAACGACAGUGAAGACAGAGAGUCCCGUGAAGAGGAGGAUGAAAUAGAAGAAUUAACCCACCAACAGACGGAAGACAGUGGAGAUGAAGGUGGUGCAACUUUCACAACAGGCCAUGUGAAGUUGCCGAAAAAUACUGAAUUUGACUCUAUGGACAAGACACAAACUCUUGGCUCCCAUAGGAAGAAACCUCUUUUAGGCCUGGUCCUUACUCCCACAAGAGAAUUAGCUGUGCAAGUAAAACACCACAUUGAUGCAGUUGCAAGAUUUACAGGCAUUAAGACUGCCAUUCUUGUUGGAGGCAUGGCUGCACAGAAGCAAGAGCGUGUACUGAAUCGGAAGCCAGAAAUUGUCAUUGCAACCCCAGGCCGUCUGUGGGAGCUGAUUAAGGAGAGACACCCCCAUCUCUCGAAUCUUCGGCAGCUCAGGUGCCUUGUGAUCGAUGAAGCAGACCGAAUGGUUGAAAGAGGUCAUUUCUUAGAGCUCUCUCAGUUGCUGGAAAUGUUAAAUGAUUCACAAUAUAACCCUCGACGUCAGACAUUUGUUUUUUCUGCCACACUGACUUUGGUCCAUCAAGCUCCCACAAGAGUUUUACAGAAGAAGAAUGCUAAAAAGAUUGACAAGAAGACUAAACUAGAAAUGUUAAUGGAAAAAGUAGGAAUAAAGGGCAAACCCAAAGUGAUAGACUUGACAAGGAAAGAGGCCACCGUUGAGACUCUCACAGAAACCAGAAUCCACUGUGAUACAAAUGAGAAGGACUAUUAUCUCUAUUACUUCCUCCUCCAGUAUCCGGGGAGAACCAUGGUCUUUGCAAACAGCAUAGACUGUAUAAAACGACUCAGUUCUCUUCUCACCAUCUUAAAUUGUGAUCCUCUUCCUUUACAUGCCAACAUGCACCAGAAGCAAAGGCUAAAAAAUCUGGAAAGGUUUGCUGAGCGAGAGGUCUGUGUCCUCCUGACAACGGAUGUUGCAGCUCGUGGUCUUGAUAUCCCUAAUGUGCAGCACGUCAUCCACUACCAGGUUCCUCGUACAUCCGAGUUGUAUGUACACAGAAGUGGCAGAACAGCCCGAGCUGCCCAUGAAGGCCUUAGCUUAUUAUUGAUUGGUCCUGAUGACCUAAUCAAUUUUAGGAAAAUUUAUAAAACCCUGGAGAAGAGUGAAGAGGUGCCGUUCUUCCCAGUUGAAACCAAGUACCUGACUUCUGUAAAGGAACGUAUGAACUUGGCACGGCAGAUUGAGAAAGUUGAAUUUUUCAACAGUCGGGCAAAGCAGCAUAACUCCUGGCUCCAGCAAGCUGCCGAGGCUCUUGAAAUUGAUCUUGAUGAUGACGUCCUUAUGGGAGGAAAAGCUACUGAGCAAGAAGAAAGCCAGAAGCAAAAAAUGCUGAAGGGAAUGAAAAAGCAACUAAAGCAUAUGCUAUCCCAGCCCCUGUUUAAAGUCCUUAUGAAAACCAAGUACCCAACACAGUCUGGAAAACUACUCCUGCCUCAGCCAUCAGUAAGCAAUUCAGAAACUGCUCUGGGUACCAUAUCAAAACAACAAGCCAAGAAGAAGAAAUCAAUAAAACUAAAUUAGAUAACUGAUCGAGAUCAUCCAGUGUGAUGGAAGAUGGGAAAAUCCAUAUCA